AUGGGGACCGGUUCUCAGGAUCAAAGUAUCAACUGGGGUUACCUGCCUUAUGCAAAGAAACUAUCUGCAGAAGCUCCUUCCUGCCAAAUGGAACUACAAACCGCACUUUCCAAUCGCGAACUGAGUAUUCACAGAUUUCAGGGUGCCACGAACACACGUUUCUCGGUGCCAGGGAGGCGAUCCAGGACAUCUCAAUGCAUGGCAUCGUGCCCGUUGGUUGUCGGUACCACAUUAGCUGGUCAGGACAUUAGACGGCCAUGUGUUUCAAGCAAAGGACUUGAAGAUGCAGAAGCUCAAGAGAGCCCUGGGCGGUCCGUGGACCUUCAACAUCCGGCGUACAGGCGCACUUUUAAUACCAUACCGUUUCAUUGGGCAGUCAAUGGCAGCUCCGCUGCUGAGGACGAGCCCCGAAGUCGUUCGGGGAAAAGUGAUCUGGAAAGUAUGGCAGAAGUUAUUACAGAUGAGCAAAAGGAUGAUCGCUUUAAGGCCGCUUCCCGUGCGGCAACUCGUGCGGCCUUCGCUAGAAAACAGCGCAGGUUUUGUUGCAGUACAGCAUGCUGCCAAGAUGCUGUGAAGGUACGGCGGCUAUCAAAGAGUACUGAUGUGGCUGGCUGUGAGACAGUGUUGGCUCGCGACGUGUGGGCUCGCGAAACUGCUUUUAUCCUGAAGGAAGAGGCUGACUCAAGAAAGAGAGAUUUAUCCAGCCGAGUGGAAGCAGAUGUGUCAACCCCAAAAGCAUCACAUGUCAUCUUGGCUGCUCAGCAUAAGGGGUCGCGAGAUAGCCUCACACUCUGCCCGCUGCGAUUUACAGAUCGAUCAAUGGAAGCAGAAUUUGCAUACAACCAAGAACGAUCCGCUCGUUUUCGCAACGUUAUGGCGGGUGCUACGGCUGCGACUCUCGUUGCGAUCGACGUGGUACUUGCUGCAGUAUUGUGGAAUACAGGAAUGUUCAUGCAUGACCCCGUGAUCUUUGCCUCUUUUAUGGUGUUCUUUUUACUCUGCACUUUUUUGUCUAUAAUGUACGCGAUGUCAUAUCGUAUUCCGUAUCUCCGGAAUUACCUGGAGUUUGCAUCAUACUUCAUAGUAACAUCUGCUGUAAUCGCGCAGACUAUUCUAGGGAUCUGGUGGAAAACUGCGCUGUAUAGCAAAGAGAACUAUCUAAGGUUUGCUCCCUCCGUUAGCAAAAGUUUUGGCCUGGAGUAUGAUCCUGCUAUUCCGGGUGAUCGGAUGAAUUCCGUGGCUUACCAUUUCGUCGUGCUUCUCAACGAGCUCUUCUUGGGUAUCCUCUUCCAAUCUACGUUGCUGCUCACAUACAUUCUCUUCGAUGUUCUUACGCCAACCCGCUUCUUUAUUGCAUCAAUACUACAGAUUGUUAACACACUACUUGGAAUAGUACCUUUUAUUUUUGGCGCCAUACAGAUUCCGGAAACUUCCCUACCAAACAUGGCAUCGGUAGUGGGCAUACUUUCGAUUGCGGCUUCGGGGUUUGUGGGUUCAUACCCCAUGGAAUUGCGGAGGCGAGGUCUUUUCUACGAAUGGCUAUCAAUGAAGCGUGCUGUUGCCAACCUACUGGAUAUUCGAAAGAGGGCGCAGAAGGCGGCGGGAAGCAGCAGUGCCCUUGACGAUAUUCGCUCCAACUGCACGAGGCUUUCAGAAAUUUUGGCAGACUUGAAACAGGGAGCUGGCAAAUUUGACGUGGCAGCAGCCGUGUCUCAAGGGCUGACUCUGAUACAAGAAUGCUUAUUCAUCUUUGCAACUUGCAAGAACCUUUACAUUACCAGCAUUAAUGAAGACCUGAAGGAUGAAAGCUAUAUCAAAGCAUUCAACCUGGGAAGGACUCAGACCCGGAACUUACUGAAUGCCGACAGCGCUAUUUCUAGCACGAUUGGGAGGCAAAGCCGUUUGGGACCAGGCGGGGAGAAACUGGCUCCAGUACCUUCUGACCUUCAAUCACGCGCUGGGAUGUUUCCACCCCCUGCAUGUGAUUUGGAGGCACGACAUGCGGCAUUGUUGCUUCCAAUUGUAGGACUGGACUUGGGUUUCGACCCCCUAGAGUUCGAGCGCGCCCACGCAAAUGGAAGGUCGAGCGUUUUGCUGGACGCGGGGACCGCGCUUCUUGGACGUGUUGCAUCGGACUGGGGCUGCGACGAACUGGUGCUCCGCAAUUUCCUGGUGCAAAUUGAUAGUUUGUACCAAAAUCAGCCUUACCACAACGCCAAACACGGAACUUUGGUGGCCCAUAGCAUGAGUCUCCUGUGCAGAACUCUUGGGAUAUUUAGAGAGAUGAACGCCCUCGGUGUUGGUGCUUGUCUUGUCGCGGCUUUAUGUCAUGAUGUCG